GCUAUAGAGCCCCCCCUGUCCUGUCCCCCAAAAAGUGAUACAGUUUAUAGCGCAAUUGUUUAAAACUCGUUAAAAAAUCGUCUAUUUGCUUUUAUGUCAUACUUUGAAAGCGUUCCAGUGUCGCGUUUGCGUGUGUUUGUGUGCGCCAAUUGGAAGCAAAGUCAGUCCUUUGCAUAAAUUUGCACGUUCGUCGCAGUGGGUGGAGAGGGUGAAGAGUGGAGCAAAACGGAGUGAGUGUGAGUGGGGGUCAAAGCUAGUAAGCGUGCUGCGGCGCGGAAUCGAUAUCGAUGGUACGCACCAAAAACCAGUCGUCCUCCUCCAGCGCCAGCAGCAGCCACAAAUCUCCAAUUAAAUCGCACGGCGGCGGCGGAUCAGCAGCCGCAGGAACAGCAGGCGGACAUAACUUAAGCAGGUCGUCGUCGUCGCAUCGAACAUCGAUCGAUGACCGCAAGUCUGGCACGAACGUGUCGUCCUCCUCGAACCGCCGCACAACUCCGGGCAGCUCGCCGGACGGAGACGGUGACGACGACACCACCACCACCGAUGAUCUGACCCCAACAUCAACGAGCGCGCCAAGAAGCAAAGUUGGCGGCACCUCUUCUGUGCACAAGCAGAACCUUUACGUCGUUUCAUUUCCCAUUAUAUUCCUAUUCAACAUUCUUCGCUCGCUGAUUUAUCAGCUGUUCUGCAUUUUUCGCUACUUGUACGGCGCCAGCACAAAGGUGAUUUACAGUCCCCACAGACGCGACUGCAACAUCGAGAUUGUUGUCCAAAACAACUCCAACAACAAGGAUCAGCAGCACCAGCAACUAACGGCGAGUCAGUCCCUCAACUACCCCCUGGAGGUGACCAGCGGCGAGGCAGCGUCCGAGCAGCAAGUGCAGCAACCUCUGCCACAGCAACGCUAUCGCGCACUUCAGCCCCUGGAAAUGGCAGGGGCCAAUCGAUCUGGAGCAGGCUACUCCCCCGGCCCUGGAGAUCCUUUGUUGGCCAAACAGAAGCAUCACCAUCGUCGAGCGUUCGAGUACAUAUCCAAGGCGCUCAAAAUAGACGAAGAGAAUGAAGGUCACAAAGAGCUGGCCAUUGAGCUAUAUCGCAAGGGUAUCAAGGAGCUCGAAGAUGGCAUUGCCGUCGAUUGCUGGAGUGGUCGCGGCGAUGUCUGGGACCGUGCCCAAAGGCUGCACGAUAAAAUGCAAACAAAUCUUUCGAUGGCCAGGGAUCGUCUUCACUUUCUCGCGCUGCGUGAGGAAGAUUUCCAAAUGCAUCGUCUCUCGCUGAAGGAAAAACAGAAACCAAAACCAAUUUAUAGCCAGGAGCAGCAGCAACCCCACAAGCCACAGAAGGCCAGAGAAGCGGCGGCAAUCAAUCAGCCAAUGCUGGCGAAUCUCACCAAUGAUCCCGUCAAGCUGAAAACACGCAGCAGCGGCUAUGGGCCAAAGAACGGUCAUAGUACACCCAGAAUCACUGUCACAGCCACAACACCGUCGUCGUCGUCAUUGGCCUCCGGCCGAAAGCUGACAAUCGGAACAAAGCGACCUGGAAACCUGGCCGUGGCCGCCAACAAGUCACAAACUUUGCCACGAAAUCUUGGCUCAAAGACCUCCGUGGGGGCUGUGCGGCAGCCAGGCAAGACGGCAGCCACACCCCCCGCCGUGCGUCGACAGUUUUCUUCCGGUCGCAAUACACCGCCACAGCGUUCACGCACGCCCAUCAACAACAAUGGGGCCAGCGGCAGUGGCAGUGGCGCCAGCACACCUGUGGUGACUGUCAAGGGCGUGGAACAAAAACUGGUGCAGCUAAUACUCGAUGAGAUUGUCGAGGGCGGUGCCAAGGUGGAGUGGACAGACAUUGCCGGUCAGGAGGUGGCCAAGCAGGCGCUUCAAGAGAUGGUCAUACUGCCCUCCGUUCGUCCAGAACUCUUUACAGGUUUGCGUGCCCCGGCCAAGGGUCUGCUGCUGUUCGGUCCGCCAGGCAAUGGCAAGACAUUGCUGGCCCGCGCCGUGGCCACCGAAUGCAGUGCCACCUUUCUGAACAUCUCGGCUGCCUCGCUGACCAGCAAAUACGUGGGCGAUGGGGAGAAACUGGUGCGUGCCUUGUUCGCCGUGGCCCGCCACUUGCAGCCCUCGAUCAUAUUCAUCGAUGAGGUCGACUCGCUGCUCUCGGAGCGUAGCAGCGGCGAGCACGAGGCGUCGCGCCGCCUAAAGACCGAAUUCCUAGUGGAGUUUGACGGUCUGCCCGGGAAUCCCGAUGGCGAUCGCAUUGUGGUGCUGGCCGCCACCAAUAGGCCUCAAGAGCUGGACGAGGCCGCUUUGCGACGCUUCACCAAACGCGUCUAUGUUUCACUGCCCGACGAGCAGACGCGCGAGCUGCUCUUGAAUCGCUUACUGCAGAAGCAGGGCUCGCCGCUGGAUACGGAUGCUCUGCGGCGGUUGGCCAAGAUCACGGACGGCUAUUCUGGCUCCGAUUUGACGGCCCUGGCCAAGGAUGCUGCUCUCGAGCCCAUACGCGAGCUGAAUGUGGAGCAGGUCAAGUGUCUGGAUAUAAGCGCCAUGCGUCACAUCACCGAAAAGGAUUUUCACAACUCUCUCAAGCGCAUUCGUCGCUCUGUGGCACCGCAGAGCCUCAAUUCGUAUGAGAAAUGGUCGCAGGACUAUGGGGAUAUUACCAUUUAAAUGGGGCAUCGGCUUCGUUCAGCGAAGAGGUUUGUCUGCCCUGUCACCAAAAUCCUGUCCUGCCCUGCCCUGCCGUGC